AAGCAGACGUGGCAGUUUGUAAGCCAGAAUAAGAUGAGGUCCUUUCCUUUAUGAUAUCUCAGUAGCAAAAUAAGUGUUAAUACCAGAAUUUAAUGGGUUCAAUGAUGUUCUCUGGCAGCUGCUUUACACUAAAAUGUAACCAAGCUCAGCCUCACUCUGCAGGAAAACGGUUGUCAAGACCAAAAGCUAGUGGUGCUGCAGACCCGGAGUUUAUUGAUAAAGAAAGUGAGCAAAAUGCGGGGCUUUUUAAGAGAAGAUUAGCUCUAGUCUCUGGGGUUUCAUUGGUUUCAAGUUUUCCUAAACAUGGCUUGGCUGUAGUGAAACAAGGGCUCCUAGCUGGGAGGAUUCCUGGCUUAUCUGACCCAGAUGGGCAAGGUUGGAGGACUUAUCAAAGGCCUGAUGAGAAAUCUGGAGGACAUGGUGUUGGAUGGAGUCCUAUAAUACCAUAUCUUUUUUCAGUGCCCCCAGAGUGGGAAGAGGUUCCAGUAUCAAUUGCAGAUCUAGGGGGAACCGAGAUUGAUUUGAGAUUUGGUAACCCCAAAGAAGGCCGCUUGUUUGUCAUAGUAGCUCCUGUUCUUAGAUUUGCAGACAAUCUUGGUGACAAUGCAACAAUAGAAAAAGUUGGACCACCGGAGAAAGUGAUCAGUGCAUUUGGACCAGAAGCGAUAGGUGAAAAUGUAGAUGGAAAAGUUUUGAGUAUGGAAGUAAAAGACUACUCUGGAAGAAAAUAUUACCAGUAUGAACUGGAACCCCCUCAUGCCCUUAUCACUGCAACUGCUGCUGGGAACCGGUUUUAUUUGUUCACUGUAACUGCAAAUGGUCUUCAGUGGAAGAGGCAUUACAAGGACCUAAAAAGGAUUUCUGACUCUUUCAGGGUUGUGUGAUGGACUUGACAGAAGAUAUACAAUCCAAUUGACGCGCUGCAAGUACAUGCAACAAAUCUACUUCAAAUAUUUGUGUAUACUACUAUGUAGUGCGCGCAGAGAAACAAACAGCAGUAACUAAUAUAUCAAAACAGUAAACACACAGAUUUAUCUGGUUCGGCAACUUGCCUACAUCCACGGGAGGCUGCUGGUAUCAUUAAACAGAGUGAAUAAAUUACAGAGUGCUGAAAACAGAUUUCCUCACUAAUAAUAUCUCUCAAAGUGUUUCCUAGGUAUUUUCGUAAAGUUGCAGGAAAUACUCAUACUGUCAUACACAAACUAUAUAUCUUAGCUUCUUCUGUCUUCUGAUUUCUUAACCUUCACGUUGGAAUGGAUGUGUUUAAUUUAUA